GGCAGAUGCACUUGGGCGAAACCAGACUUGGAGCUCCAUUAACUGAGAUUGGGAGGCUGUAGAUCGAAACCUGUCUUCACAAGGACCAUGGAAGAGGAGCUCAAAUGUCCGGCCUGUUCGGACAUCUUCAAAAAUCCUGUCAUAUUGCCAUGCAGUCACAGCCUCUGUCAAGCGUGUGUACAGCAGAGGAAGACCCAAGGAGAUCAAUCAUGUCCGGUUUGUACCACAGAUUUUUCUUCGAUUGAUCCAAUUUUGAACUUGGUACUGAGCAAUGCAUGUCAGAACUUUUCCCGAGUCAUCGUGAGGUCAGAAGCCAUCUGCAACUUGCACAACGAGCCAUUUAAACUCUUCUGUUUGAACCAUGAGGAGCUUGUGUGCCUUAUUUGCAGGGAUUCAGGACUCCAUGCAGGCCACAAGUUCCGUCCCAUUGAUGAAGCUGCAAAUGAUCACGAAGGGAAGCUUCAGGACUGUCUGCAGAACAUGAGGGAAAAGCUGAAAGAUUAUAAUGCGAUAAGAAAUGACUGCAUUGCACAAGCCGUGUACAUGAAGGUUGAGGAGGAGGCUAGGUUGUCUGCUGUCAGGGGAGAAGAGAAGACGAAGAGAGAGAUGUUGAAGCGGAAGAUCGCGUCUCUCGUCAAAGACAUUACCGCUCUCUCAAAUAUCAUCAAAAGCACUGAGGAAAAUUUAAUGUCUGGCAACAUUUCCCUCUUAAAGAACUUCAAAGGUACGAUGAGUAAAACCCAAAAGCUUCCCAGCAAGCCCAAGCCGCUUCAUGGAAUUUUGCUGGAUGAAGCAAAACAUGUAGGCAACCUCAAGUUCACUGUGUGGGAGGGAAUGAAAAAGAUCAUCUCCUACAGUCCCGUUAUCCUGGACCUAAACACGGCUGGUCGAGAACUUAAUAUCUCGGAAGAUCUAACCAGUCUGAGUUUUGAAGCUAGAGACGAGCGCCGUCUGAAUACUCCAGAGAGGAUGCUGGAUCACUGCAGCGUGCUCGGUUCUGCUUUGGAUUCGGGAAAACACGUGUGGGAUGUUGACGUUGGAGACAACCAGUGGUGGCAAGUGGGGGUGGCGCUGGGAGACCGUAGCUUGCCACAAGAUAUGUCCAUGUGGACUUUUGGAUUUUCUGACGGUAAAUACAAAAAAGAUGUGGUCCGGUCUGGCAUCUGGAAAUCCUCCACAAAAAUAAGCAGGAUUCAAGUUUGUGUGGAUAUGAAAAAAAAAAACAGUUUCAUUCACUGACUUUAAUACACACACUAAAUUAUGCAAGACAAAUCCUUCUAAUUGGCCAUCUUUGUCUAAAUGGAUAAAAGUGUACCCUUUCUUUAGCACAAAAGACAACUGUCCUCUGAAGAUAAUUUCAAAAGAACGUUUUGUAUUUUAGUCACUGACGUCAGAAGUCAGUGAUUAUUACAUGCGGCCACACUUGGCAGUUACAAUUUGCGGGAUAAAAAAAUGAUUGAAAUUUGGUGUCAUUUUGCAUGAGAUUUUUUUUUUCUCAUACAUGGAUUGAUUUAAAAUAAAUCUGAUGAAAAUGGGAUUUUGAUUUUCAUGAUGUACGGCUCAUGGUUAUCACCACUCUAGAGUUUCUGUUUGGAUUAGUUUUUAUUCCCCCCUUCAAUUCAGUUCAGUUUGCAUUAGUAUUUAUAGUGGAUUUGUAAGAUUCUGUGAGUUUUCAUGUUUCUUGAAGUUUUACUUACUUAGGUUUAAAAAAAAAAAGUUUGAGUCUGUGUUGAUGUAGUUAC